AUGUGUGACAACGAAAAAGAAGAAGCAUCAAAUUUGAAAGAAGAAUUCGAAUGGGUUCUUCGUGAAGAAGUUCAUGCAAUAUUACAUCAAUUGCAUUCUGUUUUAGUUGAGUGCGCUCACAGAUUUCCCGUGCCCUUGUACGGUAACGAAGGCCAAAAACAAGAUAAAUUCAUUUUGACAUCGCAGCCUGAACAAUUGAAAUGUAUUGUUACUCUCACUGGGGACAGUAUAACACAUGCAGACAUAAGUUUCAAGGUGCUUCGACAAAUGCACACAAUAUGCCGCACAUCAAUCAAUCAGGAUGGGCCAUGGAAACUCCAACAAAUACAAGAUGCAGCAAACCACUUGCAGCAAGCUAUUGGUUACAUAGACAAUGUAGAUAAACAUUAUGUAUUUAGAUCAUCCGAAGAAGUAUUGCACAUAAUACAGUGCUUGAUAGGCUCUCUACAAAGAGCACGUACCGCCUUAGUAUUGCCUAAGAAGAAAGCGAUUGACGAGCUUAUGAAAAGUAGAAAUAUGAAAGCUCUAUCGCCUAAUUUACCAGAAGAUUUAGCAAUAUCAUUUUACAUCCAGUCUCACAAGCUUAUAUUUGUUGCGUAUCAACUAAGUUCAGUACAUGGAACGAUGCGCAUAGAUUCCUGCCAGUCUGACUGUGCAGUCCCAUGGCUCAGUGAUGUGUUGUUUAUGUUGACGGCAGCACUUCAUAUGUGUCAACAGCUUAAGGAUAAGGUGUGUGUGUUUUCGCAAUACAAAGAUUUCACUGUGGGAUCAAGAUCUGCGUCAAUGGUGUUUAACUGA